UGUGUAGAUCCACAGUUUCACCAGGCGAAUCAAACAUUGUUGGAUACCUUUCAUGUGUAAAUGAGUCUAGCCGAAAUAUAGAAGCCUAGCCUUUUAAACACAUCUAGCGUGAUCGAUCGAUCGUUGGAUUGGCCUCCCACCCAUCCCUUAUGUGUAUGUACAUCUACAUAAAUAAACCGCUGAAAGGUGACAUCUUCACGUCACAUUUCAUGUUGUACCUUGAAAGGGAAAAGGUGAAAAGCACCCGGGUGAUGAGCACAGCCAGGGACAGGACACGUGUCAUUCAUAACUUAAGAUAUAAAUGGGCCUCACAGUAUAUAUACCUAUUCAUAUUUACUGCGACGCUCAUUUAUAUGUGAAAUGUGCCUGUGGUGAUGAGCAAGUUGUGUUUCGUGAUUAAUGAUAUAAUGUGAAUGUACAACCACAUUAAAAAGACACGAUAUUCCAGGUUAUGUACAGUUGCAGAUUCGGGCUGAAGACAACACAAAUCAUGACUGAAAGGAAGGCCAUCAUCAAGAAUGCCGACAUGGCUGAGGACAUGCAGCAGGAAUCUGUAGACGGCGCCACACAGGCUCUGGAGAAGUACAACAUCGAGAAGGACAUCGCUGCCUACAUCAAGAAAGAGUUCGACAAAAAAUACAACCCAACCUGGCAUUGCAUUGUCGGUCGUAACUUCGGGAGCUAUGUCACACACGAGACUAAGCAUUUCAUCUACUUAUAUCUAGGACAAGUUGCUAUCCUGCUCUUCAAAUCUUGAUAAACUCUAGAAAUUGACUCCGAUGUACCUGAGACAAGUUGCCAUCAUGCUCUUCCAAGCUGGCUAGAUUCUUAAAAUAAUUGACUCAGAUGUUUCUCUAUCAUUUGUGCUGAAAACCAAAAAUGCAUUGAAGAGCUUAUCUACAGUAACAUACAUGCCAAACAAAUCUAGUCAGAAUACUGCCACCACCGAAAUAACAGUGUUUAAAUGUUUUUCGCCGGCAUAUCGAAUGACCAAAGACUAUUUCCAUAAAAGAAAUGUUCGUUUUCUAUUUAUUUUAUAAGAAUGAGUUUGUAUUGUUAAAGGGGCAUAACGGUGAAGUAACUUUAUUUUUUGUCUUUUUUUUUCAAAUACUACAUAAACAUAUCAAGUGAGACUCCUUAUGGAA